CCCCGCAACGGCCGCGCCGGGGCUCUUGUUGGUAACGGCCAAGAUGGCGGAGGCGGCGCGGCCGCUCCUGCCCGACUCGGUGCUGCUGCAGGUCCUGGCGCUGCUGCCGCUGCGGGACCGGCUGCGAGCGGCCAGGGUCUGCCGGCGGUGGCAACAGCUGGCGCAGGACCGAGCGGUCUGGACACAUGUGGAUCUGAGUCCUCACCGGAUCAGCCGCCGCACCCUGUGGCACCUGGUCCGCCACCGCCUCCCCGACAGCCUGUGCACCUUGCGGAUGCGGGGCACGCCCCGCUCCCUCGGCAAGCAGCGGCUCCUCUCCCCGGCACUGCUGGCUGCCCUCCGGAAGCACUGUCCGCAGCUCCAUCGCCUGUGCCUGACCGAGACAGACCUGCGCCACGUCCCUUACGAGAGCAUCCCCUCUUCUGUCACCACACUGGAGCUGAACCUCUGCGACAUUCCCGAUGCCUGGUUCUGCGUCUCCCCUUUGGUGCCACCACCACAGGUACAACACCUCGCUAUCCACAGCAUUCCCACCUUUUCUGACCAUCAUCUUCUUGACAUUUCCUCACAGAACCACCUGAAGACACUGAGCCUUUGUGGCACCUACCGCAUCACUGAUAUGGGGAUCCAAGCAGCAGCUCCACACCUGGAAGAGCUAGAACGCCUCAUUCUCCGCCACUGCAUUAUCGGUGAUGCUGCCAUGGUAUUCAUUGGGCGCCACAUGAAGCAGCUCCGCUACCUGGAAAUCAGCAAUGCCUACUUCCUGACAAACAGGGGACUGGUUUCUAUUGCAACACUGGAGCACCUGGAGACCCUGUGCCUUGACCUUUACGAUUUGGUCUCCCUUGGUACUGUUAUUGCUUUGUUGCAAGUGCUGCCUCGCCUGAACCACCUCAAAUUAGGCGGAACUUGCUUUGAAGAUGAAGUCCUCCAUAAAAUUCAGGAGAAUUUUCCACAUUGUGCCAUAUCUCACACUGCUUGACAACCUGAAAUAUUAUCCUUCCUUACUACACUUGAAGUGCUCCUUUUUUAGAUAAAGCCUGAUUUCCUCUACAUAGUUUUGGGACAGAAUUCCCAUUGGCCUUAAAACAUUAAGUUUUUCAUGUAAAUACGUUAA